AGUUCAAAGCCACCCUGCAAAGAAUAAACACAUGGAUUUCGUCGUCUCGUCAUAAGUUGAAAUACAAGUGAAAAUAUUUGUGAUAUUUAGUUUUAGUGUGCCAAAAUAAAAAUGGAUGACGACCAACAAUUUUGUUUACGGUGGAACAACCAUCAAUCGACAUUGGUAGCCGUUUUUGAUACGUUAUUGGAGAACGGCACAUUAGUAGACUGUACUUUGGCAGCAGAAGGAAAAUGCCUAAACGCACACAAAGUAGUUUUGUCUGCAUGUAGCCCAUACUUUGAAGCGCUGCUGUCAAAGCACUUUGACAAGCAUCCCAUUCUUAUUCUUAAGGACGUUAAGUUCCAAGAACUAAAAGCCAUGAUGGAUUAUAUGUAUAGGGGGGAAGUGAACAUAUCUCAAGAUCAAUUAGGCGCGCUGUUAAAAGCCGCUGAAUCAUUGCAAAUUAAGGGUUUAUCAGACAAUAGGAAAGGGGAAACUGACAGAAAACCCACUCCUGCUCCUCCACCAAAGAGCCCACAACCAACAACCCUGCCAAAGGUACAGGGUUUGACAAUUGAGCAAAGAGCUCGGGAGGAUUCCAGGGAGGGAAGCAUGUCACCAGGGCCUCGUAAAAAGAAAAGGUUAAGGCGGAAAAGUGAAGAAUUAGACAACCACGAUGCCUCUAAUUCUUCAGAAUCUCACAGUCUACCCGCCCAAAGCAUUCCUACGUUACCUGCUAUUUCAAAAAUGAACAUGAACGCCGAUGUGCCUGAACAAAUAGAAACUAAAUCAGAGAUACUCACGAGGCAUAAACAGACAGAUGACAUGCCCCAAGUUCCUAUUAUAAAAGAAAAGAUUGAAACCCACACAGAACUGAUGUUGGAACCAAAGUCUGAAUAUGUAGAAGAAAUGAAUGAAGAUAGUAUUGAGGAUUUGACACUGGAUGAUGACGAUUUAAGUAAUAUGGAACAGGUAGAUGAUCAAGCAGGACCUAGUCAUGGAGCAGGAGAAGGAUCAAGUCAAGGUUUUGGAGGUUGGCAUAUGGGUAACCAAAGUCAAGAUGAAGUAUUUCUGGCCGCCCAAGAGGCCGUAGGUGCACAUCGAGACUCACAAGGCUCACCCGUUCAACAACAAAAAUCAGCUACGAAACAAGAUAUGGACUCCUUUCCUAUCAAAAUAGAACUGAGAGAAGACCAAAAUGAAUAUAUGAUGUCGCUCAUGGGUACGGACAUAUGUACAGUGGAAAAACCCAAAAAGAAAACCAACCGGAUUCGCGGUAACUUUCGUUGUCCGCAGUGUAGUAGAACCUACAUACGCAAAGACUCUCUACAAAGACAUUUAACGUAUGAGUGUGGCAAAGAGCCCAUGUUCCAAUGUCCUUUUUGCCCUCAAAAGUGCAAACGACGGGGACAUCAACUCAGACACGUUCGAAGACAACACAAAGAUAAGAUUGGGUUGAUAGAAGAAAAUAAUCCAGAUUUGUUCACAAAGAAAGAGGAAAAUGCGGAGUAUGUACUGAAAUAGACAAUAAUUUGAGUUUUUGUUUAUUUAUGUUUGCUGCACUUAUUUAUUUUUUAUUUAGUCUAAAAUUUGCCGCUAGGAUUAUAUUUUUGUAAGGUUGGUUUUUAUGUACUUUUUUUAUUGUACGAAGUUAUUUUGCCUCUAGUUCUACAGCUUUGAGUAUCAUUGGAAUUUUUUUCUUUGUACGAGAGUUGCGUUUGUUUUAUAUACUUCUCAUUCUGUUGUGAAAUGGUUAUCCUUUAUAUUCGACCUGUAUUACCAAUAUCAACUAGAUGAUGUUUUAUAUGACCAAGAUGUUAAUUUUUUUAAUAUGAUUUUGAAAAUGUAUACAAGCGUCUAAUUCCCCCAUUAUCUGUUCUUCCUUAAUAACAUAUUUUUAGAUACGAUAGUAUUUAGUUCGCAAAAGAAGUUCAAGUACUAGAAUAUUCUGGUUUUCGUACAUUUCGAAAGAUUUUACAAAUAUAUCCUUUUAGAAAUUCACACUUUUCAAUAGUUCUUUUCGCCGUAUCGUCUUCAAGUCGUUCGGUCUUCAAAAUUAAUUAAAUUAUUUGCGUUAUUUUCCAAACGUGCUUAUAAUUGACCAAAACAAUUCCAGAAUCUGUUGAAAUUAGUUCUAGCAUUUGCUCUAAAUAUUAAAAAUAAUGUUAAAAGCUACCGAUGUGGGUAAUAAUUAGUCUUUUCCUCUACCAGGUGGCGCUAUUAUUCCCGUAGAGAGUCUAUCGAAAAAAUUUGUGCGUUUUAUACUUUAGAAAAUCAGAAAGUUUAUAGUGCUUUCACUUAUAUUACAUUGAUAAUGCCAUGUAUAGUUUCCAUCAAGGUAUAAGACAUUUUGCCUGACGCUAGUGGGAUCACCCUACCGAUUUAGUAUUAUAAUAACAAACAACAGACGCUCCAGGAGUGGAUUUGCUAAAAUUAACAACAAAAGUUCAAGUACAUAUAAUAUUUUAAUACGGUUGGAAUAAUAAAUAUAAAAUUAAAUAUUAUAUCUUAUAUUUAUAUAUAUGAUAUUUAUAUCUAUGUAGUUAUAGGUAUGUUAUUAUGUACAAUGAAAUAAGAGAAAUAAAAAAAAAAUAAAAAAAUUAACGAAAAUAAUGUUAACAACAGUAAGAGAUUAAACGAGUUGUUGCAAAAAUCAGAAUUAAAAAAGAUAACAUAAUAAAAUUAGACACAAUAACAUAAAAAAAUAAAAUUUAGAUGGAAAAAAAUUAUUACAAAAUUACAACAAUGUCACUAUCGCUGUCAUCUUCAGUAGAAUCGUCAUCAUCUAAUGUUAUAAUUAUUGGUUUAAUAUGUGAGGUUAAUGUUCUGUAAUGAUUUUCGUUUUAUAACAUGUGAAACACAAUUUUGCCACAGUGUUGGGGAAAUCUUUUUUAUUUCUUUUACAACAUGUGAUACCGAUUGGCUACUAAAUUUGGGAAAGCAGUUGUUUCGCAAUAAUUAGGUUGGCUCCAGAUUAAUUCAAUAGGGUUGAAAACACAGUAAUAAGGAGGUAAUCGCAAUAUAAUAUGACCAUCACGUUUGGCUAAUUCGUCUAUAACAAACUGUUUCUUAAAUACUUUUGUGUGAAGAACUUCGAACAUUUCUUUUUUUUUAUAUGUUUCUUCAAAGUACAAAUCAUUUUCAUACAAAAUAAUCCGAUAUUUGUUUUUUCGUUGUUGCCUACACUGGGGAUUUUUCUAAUUUGUUCGCAAUGACACUUUUUGGAGACAAAUUUGGCACCACUUUCUUUUAAAAACAUGUCUUAAUCAAGCUACUCAUCAUAUUUUCAUUGUAAUCCAGCUUUGAAUCUUUAAUGUUUUUUGCCGAUAGUAAAAAAUUUCUCUUCCAAGCCAGCCAUUUUUAAAUCCAAUGUUCAAAAUAAUUAUUCACUGACCUCUAUUAAUUGGAUAAUUGGAUGCACACUUAAUAGAGUCGUUUGUCCAACCUUUUUGAGCAGUAUUGUAGAUAUUGAACCAUGUUUCAUCCAGAUAAAAUAUCGGUCUUUCUUCAUCUCUUAAUUUAGAUAUAUCAUCCAAGUAUUCGUUUCUCCAGUUAAUAAGUCGAGGGGAAUCCACUAUUGAUGAUCGCUUAUUAAUUUUCUCGUAUUGAAAACCAAUGUGAUUCAAAAACCUUGAUAAAGUUGAAGGCGAAUAGGUUCUUUGAAUAGAAAUUAUAAACUGCUCUUCUAAUUACCUCAGCAUCUUUUUCAUUUACUGCUUUAUAUGUAGAAAAGUCAGUCUGCUUUUUACGAGGUUGAAUGCUAUCUGUAACAAUUUUCCACAGUGUUGUAUAUGGCAUCCUUGUCAAUCGAGAUGUUGGUUUGAUGAAAAACUUACCGUCUUCUGGAUUUGGAUUAUCUUCUUUUACUGUUUGAUAAACAUUCCUAAUUAAUGAUACCUAAUUUUACCUAGAUACCUAUUAGUACCAGAAUUAUAAUGUGUAAAGCUAUAGAAUAAUAAAAAGAGGUAUACUUUAUCUUUAACUAAUAUACUUGCUAAUGAUUUUCUAAUUUUCUUUUAUUUAAAGAUAGAAAGCUUCAUUAUCGAAAGUCCAUUUUAUUUAAAGUGAAAAUGACAUAAACAGAUAAAAUUGUAACUCCAUAAAAUUCAAGUAAUGAGCCCAAUAAACACGAAAAUUGUUUGUGAUCGUUUAUAAUAAUUGAGUCCAAGCAACUUAGUUUCAGUUGAGUAAAUCAGAUGAGUAAGCAAAGAUGACUAAAGAAGUUUUAAGUUUAACAAUUGAUUUGCACUGAUAGGUAACAAGUCAGUUCUGUAAAUGAUAUAAAGCCCGGUACUAGUAAGCUGUUUCAAAACUAUUGCUACCCGUCGCAAAGACAAUUGAGGGAUUAGUAACAUCAAUAGGUGUUGUUCAAUAUUAUAAUACUGCGGUCGACUGGGUCACCCCACCAGCCUCAGGCCAAAUUUCAUAUAUCUUGAACCAAACUAUACCUAAUUUUAUAGCAAACAACGUUUUUGUUUAUUUUUUUUUGUGCCUAUCCUCUAUAGAUCACAUUAAUCUACUGUAGCUCUGAAUAAAUCUAUUGGCGUCAUUCCUGCCCUUGUUCGUAGGUUCCGCAGUCUUAUCUUCUUCUGCGUCCUGCCGAACUUAUAUUUUCGUGUACAGAAUAAGCUGCAGCAGUUGUUACUUCUCAUUUCUCACGAUGUGCCCAACGUAUUCCAAUUCGCUACGUUUGACAGUUGGGAGGUAUUUUACUUCUCCACCGAUGCGUUAUUAAGAUGGUUUCAUUACAUAUAUGAUAUAUCCAUAGGGCUCAUAAACAUGCGUGUAUAGCACCAGAUGUUAAAUGCAUUAAUAAGUCAUCAGGUGUCUGUCAGUGUCCACGCUUCAGCUCCAUAAAGCAAAGUCAAAAGUACAUAGCAUCCCACAAUCCUUAUUUAAGAAUAUAUAUUGAGGAAGAGAGUAUAUAACACUUUACGCAUCUUAUUAAAUGUGCCUCUUACUUUUUUGAUUCGACAUAUUUUGAUUCGGAGCAGAUCGGAUUUGCGUUAUUCUUUUUGGGAAUCGGAAUGAACAUUGACAGCAACCAAUAAUUUGAUAUUUCUCCGCUUAUGUAGAAUUUAUUGAAGCGGACGGUCAACAGUUUUAUUUGAUCUGUGUAAAGUAGUUUAAGGACUUCUCCCUGUAUCUGGUCUGAUCUUCACUUUUGUCUGUGUGAUAGUGCACUCCUUCUCACCGCUUGCUGUCAUCGUAGUAUUGAUGUUUCGUUUACAAAUAGUUCCUCCAUGUAUUGUUUCCAUCUUAUAAAUUUUUCAUCAGUUUCGGUAAUGCUAUUUUGGUCUGUGGAGGUUAAGACUCUCAUGUUUUCUAUUUCACCGCAUUUUUCUUGUAGCCUUUGCUCUUUAGUCCCCUUGAUUGCUCUUAUUGUUUUUCUAUGUGAUUCCUUGUAUUUAGUGGCCAAUGACUCCUAUAAAAGUCGUCAGUUAUCUCCAUACAUCUACAUAUUUUUGCACAUUUUCCAGCUGUUAUUUUUUUCAUCUUUAAUCUUACAGUUCUUUAUGAUUAGUUAUGAAGUUAUUAUAUUCUGUAUUAUAAAACUUAUCAGAUAUUUACAAGAACAAUCUUACAAAAAGCAUUCUGUUGUCUCCAGUCUCGGUACUUCUUUAUAGUAUACUUUCACAAUACUCAUUUUUUUUUGUUUACUCACUUAUUAUAGUUAUUUUAUUAAAUACAUUUUAAAGCUUAUGUUUAUUAAAUACAUUGUAAAUCACCAUUUAUGUUGUAGUACACGUAUUUUU